AUGCCCCGAGCUCUCGCCAAAGUAGGCGACCGCAUCAUCGCAGAGACAUCGAGUUGGAAGACUGUGGAGAAUAACAUCUAUUUUCCCCGCUCAGCAAUCAUCGAUGAUUCCAUUUUGCAAGAUUCCGAUCAUUCGACCUUUUGCUCUUGGAAAGGCUACGCCUCUUACUGGCAUGUGAGGGUGGACGGGCAGACGUUUGAAAACGCAGCGUGGUAUUACCGGGAACCCUACGAUGCAGCGGCGGAUAUCAAGAACCAUAUUGCUUUUUUAUGUGGCAAGGUUGAUGGGCGUGUGAAUAUCAGUGGUGGGCAUGCAGCGUUGGAGAUUUUUCAUUCCGCAGACCGGCCUCAGCGAGAUUAUGAGGGUUAG